AUGCAUCUCCUUUUCCUCACAACAGCGGCCAUAGCCGCUCAAGGCGUGCUUGCAGUUGGCACCAAUGAUCAGGUUGAAGCUGAUAUCGACUAUGGAACCUUUCAGAAUCCUUCAGCAAACGUUAGACCACGUUUCCGCUACUGGGUAAACGAUGCAUCAAUGAACCUCAACAUUGUAACAGAAGACAUCAAACAGAUGGGCCAGAUAGGGGCAGGAGGGCUUGAGCUUCUGGGUUAUUAUUUCUAUGGAGAUGCAUCGUAUUCUAAUUCGGAACAGCCGUCCCUCCAGACGGACUGGACAACAUAUGGGUUUGGUGGCCAGGCUUGGAAGGAUUUAUUAAGCACUGUUCUGACGGCAGCGAAGAAAUAUGAACUAAUCGUGGACUUUGCUAUGGGCCCCAAUCAAGGUGCUGGUGUCCCGGCGCCAUACGAUGAUGACGGCUUACUCUGGGACCUUGCUGCGUUCAACCAGACAGUCGCCAUUGGCAGCAGCUUUAAUGGCACUGUCCCUGGAUGGGGCACAGGCUCUUUGGUUGCAGCUGUCACCGGCGUUGUCACCAACUCAACCGAUAGCACACAUAAAACACUGGCCGAGAGCUCCCUGGUCGAUAUUACUAGCCUUGUCAGUUCGAGUGGGCAGCUCCAGGUGCAGUUAAAUAAUACGGACGGAGUCGAAAACGAGGUGUUUGCCUAUUACUUAAUUCACUCCGAAUAUCGCGAAGCUCAAAGCCCUGGCGACGUCCCCGCGGCUGUCCCACAGUCUCCAGUCACGACAUACGUCCAGAACGGAUCGUGGGUGGUCGAUCAUUACUCCGCCAAAGGGGCCCAGGUAAUCAUAGACUUCUGGAAUCAGUCACUGCUUGAUGAAGGGACAAGUGAGCUCAUCCGUGAAGUGGGUAAUUAUAUGUGGGAAGAUAGCCAAGAAUUCAGCGUCUCUACAUGGUGGACUCCUCUUUUUCAACAAGCUUUUCAAGCAAAUCGCGGUUACAGCGUUAACAAGUUUAUUCCUCUCUUGGCCAGGUCGGAUGUUACCUAUACUACUGAUGAAGCUGAUGCGGGUGCCAGUCACAUUGUCGACUACCAGCAAACCCUGACGGAACUAAAUUCCGAAUAUCUUGAUGCUUUGACACAAUGGAGCCAAAGUCUCGAUAUCCAGUUCUCAGCUCAAGUUGUUUACAAUUUGGCCAUGGACAUGCUAGCUAAUAUCCCUCACGUCAACGGCCCCGAAUGCGAGACCCUAGGAUUUAGCAAUAACAUGGACAGCUACAGACAAUUUGCAGGUCCUGCCCACCUUGCUGGCAAACGCAUAAUAUCCAACGAGGCUGGCGCAGAAAUGUUCCAGGUAUACCAAGAAGCUGUCUCCGAGGUCGUGUGGUCUCUGAACCGUGCCCUGGCCACGUCUAUCAAUCAGUUUGUGCUUCAUGGCUAUCCAAACUCGGGGAAUUACGGAAAUACAACGUGGCCCAGUUUCACAACCUUUGAGUAUCAAUUUUCGGAAAUGUAUGGGCCUCAACAGCCAGCAUUUGCCUUUUAUUCGGAUUUUAUCAACUGGCUUGCCCGCCAUCAGUUUGUCUCGCAAACCGGCAUUCCCAAGGUGGACAUUGCCUUUUGGUCCAAGUCUACUGCUUACACGAGAGUACCGACGGUGUAUAGUUCUGUCGACUUACAGGAAGCAGGCUAUUCCUACGAGUAUCUAAGUCCUGACAACUUUGCGCUCCCCGAGGCUUACGUAUCGAAUGGCAUUUUCGCGCCAAAUCGACAGGCGUUUAAGACUCUGGUAGUCUGGGCUAACGAAACUCUUACUGCGAAUGGGACAGCUAAACUUGUCGAUUAUGCCCACGGUGGACUUCCGGUCAUCUUCAGUGGCGGGCUUCCCUCGAACUUUAGCGGGUACAACCCUACAGCUCAAGCAUCGGCCAUUGAGUCUGUUAAGAAUCUCACCUCUUUGUCUAAUGUGCAUGUUGUUCCGUAUGACGGUCUGGCAGCAACACUCCAGUCACUCAACAUUCUGCCCCGAACAUCUGUUACUGCAAAUGGGACUUGGUUCACCUACUGGAGACAUGAUACAAACACUUCGACAGACUAUGUCUACAUAUACAACGACGCAGCUGGAAUCCCUUCUGGACAGGGUUUAACAAAUGGCAGCAUUUCAUUUGAGACAACCGGAAAGCCCUUCUUGUACGAUGCCUGGUCGGGAGACGUGACUGCUUUGUCCUCGUACCAGAAGUCAGAUACACACAUCGAGAUCCCGCUUCAACUUGCCGGCAAUCAGUCUAUUAUCAUCGGCUUCAACAAGACUUCUAAACACCAAGUCCAUGUCCAAGAGAGUGCGGAGGGAGUGUCGGCUGUCACAGAGGAUGCGGCUUCCCUGACCGUUUCUAGGUCUUUUGACCAACAGUCCCGUUCGAUUCGCCUUUCAAAUGGUGAUUCUGUAACGCUCGCCCCAAUGCUAACCCCGGCUUUCACGCUCAGCAACUGGACCCUGAUACUUGAAUCGUGGACGCCGCCUUCUGAUAUCUAUAAUAUCGAGCUCGGCCCGACGCGCACUAAUUCUACAUUCCAAAUCCCGACUCUACUUCCUUGGAACCAGAUCUCGCCAUCUUUGGCCAAUGUAUCUGGGGUUGGCUACUACACAACGACAUUCAACUGGCCGCCGCAAAAAUCUUCUUCUUCAUCAUCUGCCAAUGUAUCAGGCGCGAUCAUCGAUUUGGGCCAAAUUACACACACAGCCCGCGUCACUGUGAACGGACAGGUAUUACCCCCAUUGGACAUUACCUGGGCCAGGUACGAUAUCGGAAGCCUGCUUCAAAAAGGACCAAAUACCGUGCAGGUAGUUGUCAGUACACCGCUCGGAAACGUACUACGCACGUACUGGGACCAACUCGAAACGAGUGGCGUGUUUGCGUCGAAUAUUGUCGCGCCUCCUAGUGAGGCGGAUUAUGGGUUGAUUUCUCCGGUGCAGAUUGUUGCGUAUCGGACGGAUCGUGUUUUUGAUUUUUGA